CCCUUCCCCUUCCCGCACGGGCUUCUUUCUUUCCUCGCAGGGAGCUCGCCGCAGCGUGGCAGGAACGUGCAGCUUGACGCGUCUCUCUGCUCGUCCCCGUGAAACAUACAAGGAAAUCCAGCUGGACUAGGGACUCUGUGCAGCACGUUGGGCUCAUUGAUUGAACGUGCGGAGAGGCAGGCGAGGAAGAGUCUUGUGGUGCAGGAUAGGUUAUAAUCCUGGCUCCUGUGCACACUUAUGUAAGAGUGUGCAGUUUAUACUACAACCGUCUGCACCUCGACCCCCUGCCCUGGACGUCUUGCAAUGUAUUUCUUUGCUAUCAUUUGAGACCUACGAGCUCACAUUUAAGGGACAAGAUAAUCGCUGACAAAUUCGUGAGCCAGCAGCUCCUCUGUGUGGGAGCUUUUGUUUGUAACAGGAAAAUUAAUUUUAAAACUCAAAUGAAUUUGAGUGAUACUUGCAUCUGAAUGAAAACAAGUUUGAUCUACAGCAUCAGGAGUUCUGAAGUGGCACGCUUUUUAUUCUAAUGUGCUUUGCUAAUGGGUGUUAGCAAGCUAGAUGUAUUAUAUAGGCGCCUUCUUCUAACUAAGCUUUUCAUUCAAGGCUGGGGAAGACCAGAAGACUUGAAAAGAAUAUUUGAGUUCAGAAAGAUAAUUGGAAACAGGGAAAAAUGUCAGAAUCUGGUUUCAAGAGAUUAUCCAGUGCACAUUACUAAGGUUGAGGAACAAUCAGACUGUAAGAUCCUUGAUGGACACUUCAUUUCUCCCUUGGCUCAUUAUGUUCCAGAAAUCAUGCCAUCAGAAACCAUCACAGCAAGCUUUCAAUUUAUAGUACCAAAGAGAUGGAACAGCAAAUACAGACCUGUGUGUAUUCAUUUAGCAGGCACUGGAGACCAUCACUUUUGGAGACGGCGUACUUUAAUGGCCCGUCCAAUGAUCAAAGAGGCAUGUAUGGCUUCACUGUUGUUAGAAAAUCCCUAUUAUGGAUGCAGAAAACCUAAGGACCAGUUGAGGUCAUGUUUAAAAAAUGUCUCUGACCUGUUUGUGAUGGGAGGAGCUCUUGUCCUAGAAUCAGCGGCCCUUUUGCAUUGGCUAGAAAGAGAAGGCUAUGGACCCCUAGGGAUGACUGGAAUAUCGAUGGGAGGACAUAUGGCAUCAUUAGCAGUGUCAAACUGGCCUAAACCUUUACCAUUGAUUCCUUGUCUCUCCUGGUCUACAGCCUCUGGUGUUUUUACUACGGGUGUACUGAGCAAAGCAGUGAACUGGAGAGAAUUAGAGAAACAGUAUUAUACUCACAGUGUUUAUGAAGAAGAAAUAAUUCAAAUGCUUGAAUAUUGUGGAACAGAUUCAUUCAAGAUGGGACAAGACUUUGUUAAAAAUUCUCCCAGCAGUGUGGACAGUUUGAGCAACCUGGAUCUGAAUUCCAGUAUGCUGAACCUGGAUAGCAGAAGCAAAGUUGUGUCUUCGGAAGCUGGCUACUGCCUUAGUGCUAACAAAAAUACUCUAAGUGCCUCAGCGGAAGGAAUGUUAGUGCAAGAGGCACCAAACAUACAGUGCAUAAACCAGACUUUUUCAACCAGCAGCAGUAGCAAUAAAGACUUUUCCAGUGAGCAGAAACGUCUGAUAAGUGGAAAAAGUAGCAGUUUACAAAGAGAAUCUCUAAUGUUCAUGAAAGGGGUGAUGGAUGAAUGUACCCAUGUAGCUAACUUUUCAGUUCCAGUUGACCCAACCAUGAUCAUCGUUGUUCAAGCCAAGGAAGAUGCUUAUAUUCCAAGAACUGGUGUACGUAGCCUUCAAGAAAUAUGGCCAGGGUGUGAAAUCAGAUAUCUGGAUGGAGGUCAUGUUAGUGCCUACCUCUUCAAACAAGGAUUGUUCAGACAAGCCAUAUAUGAUGCAUAUGAACGCUUUCUUCAGAAAUAUGCUGUAUAGUCCUUUUGAACUACUAUCUCGUAUUGUUCUGAUCUUUUAUAUGGAUGGUUAUGUCAACAUUAUAUGGAGAACAAGCCUAUUAUAGAUUGAAUUAAAAGACACCAAACAGAUACCACUUUUCAACAGUGAUGCAUACCUAAGGACAUAAUUAACAAAGGCUGAUUUCAGACUUGAAUUAAUUUAUACAACACAUGGUUUUAGCAGAAAGUUGAGUGUUAGUUGAGUCUGCAAAAAUAUACUCAAAAACUUGAAAAGAAUACAGAUAUCCAUUGAGGAGAGACCAAUACAAUAUUGAAAGCUAUUUAAAUUGGAGUUCGUAUAAAUUUCAGUAUCUAUUAUUUUGCGCCAUAUGCUAGGAAUUUUGCUAGGAAUUCAAAGAUGCCGCAUUAAGAGAGCACAACGAUAACAUUCUUACACAGAGGAGAAAUGAACUAGAUUUAAAUAAAUUAACAACUUGAAAGAUUCUUGUCAGUAGAAAUUUUCUUAAUACAGUGUGUGGACCCUAAUUCAAGUCGUAAUGCAAAACCAGGUUAUACCCACAAUCUUCUGUCUAGCCCGUCUUUCUAGGUUUCUACUUCAAUUUGAAAAAUGAAGAAAAAUCCAUAAUUGGGUCUAAAGCAACGAUUUGUUCUGUUCAGCUUUAAUCAUUUACAGUAGGAGUGCUAUGCAUGCGCUUAUUUCAAAAUGGAGUGCUGGACAGAGGUACAUACUUCUUUCCAGAAGCAAUCAUAGAACUGUUUAUUGGUUGAACUGUUAUACCUGAAAUGAAAAUAAAAAGUAUGGAGCAUUCUAUAUAUGUUGCAUCUAUUAAUACUGUUUUAAUCUUGGUUUUCUUGAACAUUUCCCUUAAACUAUUUUACCUUCAGUCACAGUAGCAAAAUAUUUUAUAUUUUAUUUUGAUUCCAGUACUUCCGUACUUCAGUGAUUGACUCACAAAAAUCCACAAUUCUUUCUGUCAAAGUGGAAUAUUCCUUCUGUAAAAUAGAUAGCUCAGUGUCUUCCAAUUCAAGUGGUAAAAUUUGCUAUUAAGGAUAGUGAUUUUUACUCGAUUGGGUUAUAUCUAGAGAAGUGUGAGUAGAACCCUACUUCUACUUUCUGCUUGAGUUUUUCUGGGUCUUUCAUGUGGCAGCCCUCUGCAUCUCCAAAACUUUCCUGGGAGUGCACCCAUGGUUGCAUUAGGAUAGGGAAAUUGGCAGAAAUGGGAGAAUUUGCCAUGUAUAAGCAGAAGAAUCUUUCUGCUGGUGCAAGACAUGUAAGCCAAUUUAUAGAUGGUACAAAAUCCUAUAACACUGCACAAACUUAUUUGAGAUUGGAAGUGAUUUAUACAUUGUUUAAAGUUGAGUGAAGCAAUUCAGUGUCUUAAUGUAACAGGUAAACAUGUUUUUAGAUUUUAAAGUAAUGAAUAUUAGAUGUAUUCUCAUUAACUUUACUAAAUAUACAUGCCAAAUUUUUGAACCAAAAUUAUGCAUGUAAAUACUACCAUAUUUGAUUUGAAUAGUAACAAGAAAAUAUGCUCUUCUUUAAAUUGGAUUUUUAAAAAAUGAACUGUGCAAGUGAAUCAUGCCUAAUUAACAUUGCUGCAAUUGACCCUUACCUAGAAUUGAAGCUCAUUGAGUCUAGUGGAAUUUCUGAAUGCAUAGAAUCAUACUUUUAAGGCCUUUUGAAAAACACUUUGUAUCUUUGAGAAACUUCUUUGAAAGAGCCUAAACCUGAGGGCCAGACCUGUCAAAUCCAGAAUUUUCAGUGAACUUCCUGAUUUCUCAGUGGACAUGUCACACUAAAACUGCUUCAAGUGGAAUCCCAAAUUUAAAUCAAUACUGCUAAAGUACAGGAAAAGAGCAUUGUUUCUUGAGAAUGUUUGAAGGUUAAAUUUUGGGAUGCUUUAAUAUUAAAAUAUUAUACCUUAAAACUCCAGUGAACUCAUUCCUCUGUUCAGUUAUGGAUAUCUUGCAAAGCAUUUUUCCAAAAUUCACAUCCAUGUGCUGUGCUUGUUGAUGGCUUCUGGGGCAUUAUUCUUUAGGACAGACCUCUGACACAAUGGUACUAAUCUAAUUGACUUGAAAGAGUUUGAAAAUGAUACCUGCUACUAACAGUAAGCUAUCAAAUAUUAAUUUUUACUGAAGACACAAAAAUUCAUUGAUUAAAAUGUUAGCGUUUGAAAUUUUUAGCAGAAGCAGUUCUUCUGUAUUUGACUUAGGACUCAAUCCUAUGCAUAUUUAGAAAAAACACCUGUAGUUUCUAGAGUUCCCCAGCCUGCCAUGCUGGCUGGUGAAUGCUGGAAAUUGUGAAACCUUUUUUAUAUUUAAGUGUUUAUCGGGUUCUGGCCUUUAGAGAUUUAAGGAGAGAUUUAAAACUGUCUAAAUUUAAUUAAAUUUAGAAGGCUAUUGUAUGUGCUGUAAAUGUCUUCUUUGAGGAUUAGUGAAUAUUCUUCUUGACAAAAAAUAUUACAUGGCCUUACCUUACUAUAGUCAAGUGUCUCUAACUCUCUAACUUUGCACAUUUUAAAGGCGUUACUAAUGGUGUCCAAAUGUUGAAUGAAAAUUUGUAAUUUAAAUGAAAAUGAGUUUAAUUCUGUAUACUUGUUUCCCAAUUACAUUUUAUAUUUUCUAAUAAAAAGUUUGUAAAACUGUC